AUGCCUAUAAUCUCGCGCAUGUUAAACGGGCCGACGACGUUAUUUUAUCAACACCCUCAGCUUCGGAUGGCUAAUAUUGUCGGAGAUCCGCAGGAUUUCUUUAGAUAUACGAGUGGACGAUGGGUCUGGGAUGAAAGGCAGCAACUCCAAGAGAGGUAUCGCGAAUUCGAUAUACUUGAGAUGCAGAAGGUUGCUAUGGAUUCAUCAUCUUCUGGGUCCUGUGUGCGUAUGGCCAAUUUAGGAGAAGGGUCAUACAACAAGUCGUUCAAGCUUACCAUGGGCAAUGGGAAGACAGUUGUUGCCCGAGUUCCAAAUCCGAAUGCUGGGCCGGCUUUUUUGACCACAGCGUCCGAGGUUGCCACAAUGGACUUUUUAAGAACCAUACUGGGUCUUCCAGUCCCCAAAGUUCUUGCGUGGAAUUCUGCAGUCGACUCUACGAACCGUGUAGGGGCUGAGUACAUCAUCAUGGAGUAUGCCCCUGGUAAGAAUCUCGCAGAUGUUUGGACAGACAUGGACCUUGAAUGCAAGGUGCGGACGAUGGAGGAUAUAGUGACCAUCCAACACAAAUUUCUAUCGUUAAAAUUCUCCGAAUAUAGCAGACAUGGUUGCCUUUUCUACAGGAAAAACGCACCGCCUGGAUCUCACCCCGCAAUAGUCGAAGGAGGCAACUUGUCGCAUGAACUUAAGCAGAGAAUUGCUGAGAGGUUUUCUAUCGGGCCGAUAGUGAACACGGCAUUCUGGAGUCAAGGGCGAGGCGAUGUGGAUAUCUAUCGUGGACCAUGGGCUUCUGCGGUUGGCUACAUACAGGCUUCUGCCCUUCGAGAGAUAGCUUGGAUUCAGAAGCAUGCGACCCCGCGUUCUCCGAAUGAUCCGUUAUUCGUUUCCCACAGCCAGAAUGAUCCUGCCGAGCACGUUUCUCUUAUUCAGAGGUAUCUAUCUAUUACUCCUCAUCUGAUUCCACAGGAAGAGGGUAUUCUAGGGUCAUUCUUAUGGCACCCGGACCUUCGCACUCCUAAUAUCUUUGUCGACGAUAGCGGUCAUAUUACUAGCAUCAUUGACUGGCAAAGCGCAUCGGCUGGACCUUUGUUCCUAGAAGGCCGUCGUCCUCAUUUUCUCGAUUAUAACGGCGACUUGAUACUCGAACUACCUGAAGACUUCAAGCAACUGGACGCAAAUGCGCAAAGUGCUGUUAAGGGCACGGUCACCAACUCGAUCCUACUAUAUCUCUACGAGAAAUAUAGAACCGAAAGAAACCCACUUCUGAGCAGAGUGUUCCAGUAUCCAAGUGGCAAGACACUAACCGAUCCAAUCCGCUUUGUCCGGAAUACAUGGGAUGGAGAUAUUACCCCACUACGAGAGUCGAAGUGGAGGAAUCCACUAGGCCACGCGGUUGAGUGCCCCAUCGACUUUUCUCCUGAAGAGAUCCGCAAACAUUACGAGGAUAGUGAAGGCUGGAAUGAAGUACAAGACUUUUGGGAACGGCUUAUCGGGGAUCAUAAGCCGGGAUGGCUGGACCUCACAUGCAACCUACGAUCAAGCUAUGUCCAUCUAUUCUCAGAUCCACGCAGAAACAACCCCCCCCCCUCUAGCCACGAGGUAUAA